CGACGACGACGACGACGACGACGACGACAGUUUGCAUCACUACACGGACUAUUACGACCCCCGCGUCUUGCAUUCGGCUUUCGACGACAAGUUGAACUGGCUGGACCAAUUCAGGGUAGUUAGCGAAACGCCAGAAGAAUACGGCAAGGAUGUCCCCGAGUGACAAAAGAGCCUGGAUCUCGGGUCCUGCUAGAGAGUCAGGGUACGGCAGCGCCGACGUCACCUUUCCAGACACAGAGGGUCCUCUCGCCGGCACCGUGAAGAACAUGACAAUGUACGAACCAGUCGAACUAUCGGAACCCCUUGCCAUUCCCUUCCACGACCAAUGCCGCGACCUUCUCCUCAAGCAGACCGGUGAAGCGGAGCUUGAUGCUGAAGCCUUCUACGAGACGGUGUGCUCUCUCUCUGGCGGCAGUUGCUGCCUCGAUAAACUGCAGUAUGGAAAGAUUGCGGACGAGAUGGAUCAGUACUGGGGGCCAGCCUGGGGGCGAGAGUGGUUCGUGAUGUCGCCCCUCGAUAUACCCGAUUUGCAGCUGUAUUAUAACGACUUACCCAAGAUUGGUGAAGGGCCUUCGGCGCAGGGGCGGCAUAUUGAGCUACGGUCGGCCGUAAACGACCCCUUCAGUCGCUUGCCUUUUGAGGUUCUGGAACAGAUCCUAGGGGAGCUACCACUAGCAUCUAUCCGCAAACUCCGUCUGGCGUCACGGGCAGUACGCAACCAGGAACUGCCCAACCGUUUCUGGAAAAAACUUGUCAGGCGAGACAUGGACUUUCUGUUCGAUAUGCCUGAUACAGCCCGAAACGCGACCGACGUCGACUGGCGCUGGGUGUACAGGGACAUGUCCAGACGCAGCAACCCUAAACGACGUAAAUUGGUUGGGGGUUUAGCGAAUCGGGCUCGCAUCUGGAAGGAAACCUUGCCUCAGAUUGCAGAGCCGUACAUGAGGAAUUUGGCUGCCAAACAGUGCGAGAGAGCAAACGAGCCAUCAGUCUUCAAAGGGGCCAAGAACGAAGGCCUUGCAAGCCUGGUUCUGCCAGAGCCCAAGGAUGCCAGAACCACCAAUAUCGCAUUCAUGUCAAUGCCUCACUUGCUCCAUCGCGCCAAGCUGGAGCUCGUGAUCAGCUUCAACGAGUUUGAUGAAAUUGCCAACCUCGAUGCCAUCAAUCACGCAGAGAGCACCCUCGCCGAAAGCACAAGGGCGUUGACAGGGAGGAUUGAGAAGGUCCAUAUCCCAAACGAUAGCUGGGUCACGGGGAUUAUCGUCACUACUGCUACGAGAGAGGUGAAAGAUAGCAUGGCCACACAUGCACUGAGGCGGGUUGUGGGUUUGGAUGUCUUGCUGACCAAACCGGGCGCAUCUGUCGGAGAGGGCGCGUCUGUCAAAGUAGGCUGCCAACGAGGUGACAAGAAGGUCAUUCACGUACCCGAGGGCGACUUCAUUGUCGGGCUCAAGGUCCGUCAAUCCCCCGGUUCUGGCGUGCUGUGCCGGCUCGGUCUGUUCUGUCACCAAAGCUGGCGAGCUGGUGCCAACAACUACCGACAGCGCAGUUACAACGAUGACAAGUAUAGCCUUGUUCAAGGUAGAAUGUGGCACCAUCAACUCCCUAGGCAGGGGCCAGGGUCAGGUGGAGGGCCAGCUCCAGGCGAGCCUCACAGCGGGUACUGGGACUUUGGGCUCGUCGCAGACGUCGAGCCCAUGCAGCACCUCAUCUGGGACGCAGUAGGGUACACCCGUUCCCACAUUACCUCCAUCUCGGCCGAUGUUCUGUUUGGUGGUUUCAGAGUCACGUACGAUAACCAGCCUGACCGCACCAUUGGUCCGUGUCUCAACGCCAUGAAGACACUAACCAUUGACGCAGCCGGCGGCGAAGGGAUUCUGUGCAUCUACUAUUGCAUCAGCCAUAUCCCUACCAGCAUCCGCUUCGUCACCACCAGGAACCGGCAGCUUGUCAUUGGACAACCCGAUGGCAGAGAGAACAGAUUUCCCGCCAGAGAGAGCCCCAAUAAACGAUUACCCGGAUUCUUCGCCCACUGGUCAAAGCUAGGCUCGUCGCCGCCACCCAACCUGAAGGCCAUUGGGGGCUUCUAUAGUCCAUCUAACUGGCUGGAAAUGGACGUUUCACCGGAAGCCUCGCAGCAGGUGGGCGGCCCACGCUGGGAACCGACAGGGUUGGCGGAGGGCCUCGCAACGUCUGGUUCCUGCAUUGGAGCUUUCACGUUACUUUCAAGGCAGAUGAGCGCCCGUAAUAAGUCUGUACCGGAUGACUCACAGCGUCCGUAGGCCCAGAUACAUUCCCGUCUGUCCCGGAGGACUGCUGGUGUUUAUUUGGGAAAUCCAUUAAGGAGGAGAGGGAGGCUGGACAGCACUACGUACACGACACGUGGGACGUCGGUGGUCAGUAUUUGGCCAAGUUACGCGUCUGGCUCUGGCCGUUGUCCACGGAUGGCGAAGGACACAGAAUCGCCGCUUUGUCCUGGGUUGCUGUAGACGGGUGCGAAAGCCCCAGAUACGGCCACUGGGGCCACACGGGCGAGGGGGAGGAGGUCCACGAGAUUGAGUUUGGGGAUGGCAAGGCCGUCGGUCUGCUGUGCUUUGUAGGGUUCAACGGGAGG